UAAAUAUUUGGCGGGAGAUGUAAGAAGUCCGGGAAGUAGUUCUGCUUGUUUUGCUGUUUGAUGAAUAAAAAGAUACAAUAGAGUAGUCAGAAAACAGUAACAGCUAUUCUAAGAAUGGAUGACCAUGACGCCGGGCAAACAGUGGACUGGAAGAACACUAAGGAGGCGGUGGCAAAUUUCCGACGGCUGCUUCUUUGUUCCAAAUGCUCAGAUUUAAUGAAGGAACCUGUAUGCUUAGGUCUAUGUGAGCAUAUGCUGUGCAGGUCAUGUGCUGGGCCGCGGGCAGGAGAUGGCUGUGUGGUGUGUCACAGCCCUGCGUGGGUGAAGGACAUCCAAAUCAACAGGCAGCUCAGCAGCAUCAUACAACUCUUCUGUGGUUUAGACUCCCUGCUCAGUCCUAUUAAAAAUCCAGACUCCCCUAUAGCUGAGAUUAAGCCUGAGAGUACUGUCCAUAAACACAAGAAGAACUUCAAAAUCUGGUUCAGUCCCCGCAGUCGCAAGGUACGCUGCACAGUCGAAAAGCCUGCAGAGGUCACCGUACAAGACAGCAGGUCUCCUGGAGAAACGGCUGCAGCACAGCCAGGAACCGUCACUGCUCAAUGUCAGGACCUGUCGGUUUUCAAUUUCACCUCAUCCUCCCAAGACUCUGGCUCCUCUUCUUCUCAAAGAUGCAACAGUGAAACCAGGAAAAACAGGAAGCGGAGGUCACCGAAGAAAAAUGCCACCAGGAAGAAUGUGUUGGUGCAAGGAACCACCAGAACCACACAAAAACAGACCAAGCAAGAUGUGAAGAAGAAAAGGUUAGAGGCCAUAAACCAGCAAUGGGGAAUAUCAGAGGAGGUACAGCUCUCUGAAAACGAGCAGCCAUGUGCUGAUGGGGCAAGAAGGUCGAGUAAAAGGGUUUCUUUCCUAAGCCCUGCUGUCACCGCUGACAGGCCUCAGCCUGAGGUGGCACAGCAGAGUGCUAAAGACCUCAGGCCUGCCAGGAGCACAGUGAGAGAGAGUCUCUCGGAAAGCAGCAACACUGUGCAGAAUUACCAAACCGAACCUGUUCAGACCCCACUAGAAAGUGUCUUUCAACAUGACCAACUGUACGCAAAUGUAUCCAACCCAAAUGAUAAUCCUCAAAAACACAACAUGUCUCCAACUGAGGAGUCCUCAAAAAGAUCAAGAGUGGAGGAGAGAAACUCCACUUUGGAAAACACACCAAAAAGACCAAGACCUUCUCUAGGCAGAAGGGGGAGAAAAUCACUGAGUCAGAUCUCUCCAGUUGUUCUUAAUCCUCCAUCUUUGACUAGCCCUAAGAGCACCAAAAAGUCCAGAAAAGAGAGAAGAGACAGCCCCUCUGUUCAAGACACUGCCUCCGCUCAAAGUUACAGGAGGUCUCCGUGUAUUAACGGUGCAUCUGUUGGACGGACCAGCUCAGGAAGCCCUGCAGUUAUGAAGAGGAACCACAAGGGAGAGACCCCGCUGCAUCUAGCUUCGAUCAAGGGAGAUGUAGGGGCUGUCAAGGAACUUCUGGACCAGGGGGCUGACCCCAACCUGAAAGAUAAUGCGGGGUGGACACCUCUGCAUGAAGCAUGUAACCUGGGUCACCUGGCAGUUGUGGAAAUAUUAAUCUCAAGAGGAGCCCUGUUGAACACACCUGGGUAUGAAAAUGACUCUCCACUCCACGAUGCUGUGAGGAAUGGACAUUCACCUAUUGUAAAACUGCUACUACAGCUUGGUGCCUCGCAGAACGUAUUAAAUCUGUAUGGAAAGCGUCCUGCAGAUUAUGCAGUGACUCUGGAGAUGCUGGAGAUUUUCCAAGAAGCCUCAGAAGGAACCCGAUAUGCAAAUGCUCAUAUAUCUCAUAGCCCCUCAGCCAGUCUCUCCAUGGUAAAUGACUGUAUGAGGAGCGAUCAAAACAUCAUGCUUUUGGCCAGCAAGCUCUCACCAGCAGAACAGCAUCAACUGGUUAAAGUGGGACAGCUACUGGGAGGAAGAGUGGCUGACACAUUUUUUGGCUCAGUGAGCCACGUUGUGGUGCCAGAAGGACAAAUGCCUACCACCUACUCCACCCUCAUGGGUCUUCUUGCUGGCUGCUGGAUUGUUAGAUACACUUGGGUGGAAGCAUGUCUCCAGGCAGGAAAGUGGGUGCCUGAAGCUGAGCAUGAAGCAGGAGAAGGCCCCCAGCGCAGUCGCAUCAAUAGAUGCAGCUUGCUUCCACCACUCUUCGAUGGAUGUUUCUUCUUCCUCCUUGGCUCUUUCAAGGCGCCUACUAAAGAUGAGCUCACAAAAUUGCUCAGAGAGGGAGGAGGUCAAAUACUGCACCGACAGCCCAAGCCAGACAGCGAUGUGACGCAAACCGUUUGUGCCGCGGCCUACCAUGCCCUGCCGGGGUCUGACCAAGCCUUCUGCACCCAAUACAUCAUCUUUGACCCCCAGGGCCCUCACAAGCCUGCAGUGGUUAGACGAGGCAAGGUGUGGUCAGCUCCCACCACCUGGGUCAUCGACUGCAUUGCUGCUUUCAGCCUCCUCCCUGUGCCAGACCUUGAAGUAUUGGUCUAA